AUGAACAUCCUCACCGCAACAAUCUCACUGUUAUUUACUUUUCUUCUCACGAUUUCAACUGUCGCCGCCAACCACGGCGUUUUCAACGUGAAAUACAAGUUCGCCGACGAUCAACAACGCUCUCUCUCCGUUCUCAAAGCUCACGAUUACCGCCGUCAAAUGUCUCUCAUCACCGGCGUUGAUCUUCCGUUAGGAGGAACCGGUCGUCCUGAUUCCGUCGGGCUUUAUUAUGCUAAAAUUGGAAUUGGAACUCCUUCGAAGGAUUAUUAUUUGCAAGUGGAUACUGGUACUGAUAUGAUGUGGGUUAAUUGCAUACAGUGUAAAGAAUGUCCUACCAGAAGUAACCUUGGUAUGGACCUUACGCUCUAUAACAUAAAGGAAUCCUCCUCUGGUAAAUUAGUUCCCUGUGAUCAAGAGGUCUGCAAAGAGAUAAACGGGGGUCUUCUGUCUGGAUGUGCUGGUAAUACUAAUGAUUCCUGUCCAUAUCUGGAGAUAUAUGGUGAUGGGAGCUCCACUGCAGGUUACUUUGUAAAGGAUGUUGUACUAUUUGAUCAAGUAUCUGGGGACCUUAAAACUGAUUCGGCUAAUGGAAGUGUUAUAUUUGGGUGUGGUGCUAGACAAUCUGGAGAUCUAAGUUAUUCAAACGAAGAAGCACUUGAUGGAAUACUUGGAUUUGGAAAAGCUAAUUAUUCAAUGAUUUCACAACUUUCUUCUUCUGGGAAAGUGAAAAAGAAGUUUGCUCAUUGCUUAAAUGGAGUAAAUGGAGGCGGUAUAUUUGCGAUUGGGCAUGUUGUACAACCUAAAGUCAACACGACUCCAUUAUUACCUGACCAGCCACAUUACAGUGUCAACAUGACGGCGGUUCAAAUUGGCCAUACCUUCCUUAAUCUCUCAACAGACGCAUCUGAACAAAGAGACAAGAAAGGGACAAUAAUUGACAGCGGUACAACCUUGGCCUAUCUACCUGACGGGAUCUAUCAGCCACUAGUAUAUAAGAUAAUUUCUCAGCAACCCGACCUAAAAGUUCAAACUCUCCAUGACGAGUAUACAUGCUUUCAAUAUUCUGGAAGUGUUGAUGACGGAUUUCCAAAUGUCACCUUUUAUUUUGAAAAUGGACUCUCCUUGAAGGUUUAUCCACACGAUUAUUUAUUUCUUUCUGAAGGUUUUUGGUGUAUUGGUUGGCAAAAUAGUGGGAUGCAAUCUAGAGAUAGCAAGAAUAUGACUUUGUUGGGAGAUUUGGUGCUUUCAAAUAAACUUGUCUUUUAUGACCUUGAAAAUCAGGUUAUUGGAUGGACGGAGUACAACUGUUCGUCAAGUAUUAAAGUGAGGGACGAAAGGACCGGAACAGUUCACUUAGUUGGUUCGCACCUUAUAUCUUCCUCUUACUCUCAAAAUACCAAUUUGGUCACAAUUCUAUUUCCAAUUGUACUACUUCUCAUGUUGAUUUGUUGA